GGAAUCGGAAUGCCACUUCAAGAGGAAAGUGUUGCACUGUGUAAACUACGUCCAUUCUGAUUCCAUCAUCUCAGGCCUCUCCAACGUAGCCUCCUCCAUACCUUCCACUGAGCUUCGCGCCCAUCACAGAAACACAGCAUCUUGGGCAGCGCGCGGGGUGCGCACUGAGCUCAGCCCUCCCCCCAGCCCGCUCCCGACUGGUCCACCUCAGGGCGGGGAAGGAGCACUGGCCCGGACGAUCUUGUUCCGGACAUGGGACCUCCCCGUAGCGGCUCCCGCUGGCCAAAUAGGGAAGCGGACUGCCAGCAAUCGUCGAGCUUCGCUCCUUAGAGGGCCCACCCUGGAUCUAUCUCUGCCAUAUUUUGAGGGGUUCGGAGGAUGACUGCUGCGACUGAACGGAGAGGCUUUUGAGUGCUUUGGUGCGAUUCCCUCACCUAUAAGGAAGCGAACAACUUUUGCCAAGCAGGAUGAAUCUCAGCGAAGGUGCGGCGCCACUGGAGAAAUACAAGCUGGUAGUGGUCGGUGGAGGUGGCGUAGGCAAGAGCGCCCUAACUAUUCAGUUCAUCCAGUCUUACUUUGUUUCUGACUAUGACCCCACAAUUGAGGACUCGUACACAAAAAUCUGCAAUAUUGAUGGUAUCUCAACCCGCCUGGACAUUCUGGACACGGCUGGUCAGGAAGAGUUUGGGGCUAUGCGUGAACAAUACAUGCGAACAGGAGAAGGUUUCCUCCUUGUUUAUGCUGUCAAUGACCGGGGCAGUUUCAAUGAAAUCCACAAAUUCCACACUCAGAUACUUCGAGUGAAAGACCGUGAUGAGUUCCCUAUGGUCCUUGUUGGCAAUAAGACUGAUCUGGACCUUUAUCGACAGGUAACUGAAGAGGAGGCCCUUUACUUUGCUCGGGAGAACCAAAUCCCCUACAUGGAAGCCUCGGCAAAGGUCCGAUUCAAUGUGGAUGAGUCUUUUUAUGAGUUGGUCCGUGCCAUCAGGAGGUUUCAUGAGUUGGAAUCUCCCCCUGCCCCAGCCUUUCACCCCAAAAAGAAGGAUCGCAAAAGCUGCCCUUGUUCCAUUCUGUAAACUGCCAUCCUACAUCAAGCCACACAGCCUGGAAGAGGAGAGGCUCAGAUUCCUUCCAACCAAGAAGAUAGAGCAGGAUUUUCCUCGUUCCAUCUCUCCUACUACAAUUAGGGCUGGCACUGUGUAUUUUUGACUUGCACAAAUGUAUUACCAUUUUUCUCUUGUUGCAUAGGAGUCUGUAAACUGAGAACAAAGCAGGGAAUAGACAUGUUCUUCUCUUCCAACAUAUCCUGAAUCUAUGGGUUAUGCAUUCAGUUUUGUAUGCUAUUUUGCCCUCCUUUGUUCUUUCAUGGAAAUCGCUUUAAAGGUGCCCCUUUUUGCCAAGGGGCAGAAAAUCUAUUCGGUUAGAUAAAAGGGGUACAGGGUUGUAAAUUUCAGUGGCAGCCCACUGAUAAAAUGAAUUAAAGAAUAGGAAUCAACUGCAAAGGAUCAUUUAUUUCACUGCAGCUAAGGGCAAGCUUUUGCACAUACACUGAUAUCUACAUAUUGAAAGACAUGGUACAAAUGCAUUUUAAAAGGUACUAUAAUUUUUCUGUUCCUUUUUUUAAAACCAUAGCUUACAGACUUAAGCCACACUUUGGCCAAACUGCAAGGGAAGCAGCUGCAGACACAAUUGUCUUGCAAGUUGCCAGUAUUGACUUUUUUUGUUCCUGAAGCUGGACUAAAAAAGCAGCACACUUUAUAGCAGCGUUUUUCAAACUUAACAACUUUAAGGUGUGUAGACUUCAAUUUUCAGAAUGUGUGCAUGUCUAUUCCCAGAAGAAGUCCCCAGCCAGCAGCUGAAGUCUUCGAGUUGCCAAGUUUGAAAAACAAUGCUUUACAAGAAGGAGUUUUGCAAAAUCUGAGGGAAAGGGGGAAGCUAGCCAACUCUUUGAUUUUUUAUCAGAAGAUUGCGAUGGCUCUCACAAUAUGGUUGCCAUAUUGUGAGAGUCACAUGGUCACAAAGCAGUUACUGUGAUAGGUAUGGCCAAUUGCAAAAUACAGCAUUGUUUAGUAACCAGCUUGUUGCAGAAAAAUGGUCGCUGAGCAAAAUGAUAACUAAGUGAACCACAGGACAUAGAGAAAUGCUGCAAAGAUCACCCAUUCUAUCUCAUUCAGAAAAAAAAAGUUCUCUUGUACAGCACUGCCAGCAUUACUCUCCAGUGUGCAUCAUUGUCAGUGCAUAAAUUUGAUCAUGUGUGUGCACGUGGGUCAGAAAAUGAUUUUUUACUACUGAUUAUUACUGUCAAAUUUGUGAGCAGUCAUUAACUGCAGCCUAAACGAGAACUGACUACUGCCAUCAAGCCAAUAAAUGGUGAUGCUUCCUGCAGAACCAUUUACUAUAGCAGGUUCUCAACAUUCUACUACCCUAGCUUAAGUUUUAAGAUGGUGAAGAUUCAAAACCUUAAAUAUAUGCUAGAAUCAAGUUUCUGUUUUGUAAAUUGCUCAGUUCAAAAAUUACUCUGUUAAAGACAGGGCCAGCUUUUGUUAAAUUCAUCCUUUCUUCCCCACUUCAGUAAUGUGCUUGUAAGGGAAAGUGAUGUCAAGAACUUUCUUUUUUAAAUAGCAACUCCUUGUGUUAGUAAUUUUUCUUCUUAGUAGGGGUUCCCAACAUCUUUAGAGAUAACUAUCAUAUUGAAGUUAUACCAUCAUUAUUGAAGUAUCAAUAUUGCAGCUGCAUGUUUAAUUGGAUGGGUUUUGCCAAUGGACUCCUUGUUCUCUUGCAUGCCGUUCCAACACUUCCGUCUUAUCAUUUCAAUUGUCUAAUUCUUCCUUCAUCCAUCACCUUCCACAGACCUCAGAUAUGUUAAGAUUACAAUUCUCAGAUGGUAUUUGGGUGGGAUAGUGGUUAACAUGUUCAAUCUGGAUCUCUUUGGUCAUGGUUAUAGAAGCUUGCUGGGUCACUUGCUAGCUCCCAGUCACCCUUAUUCUACCAGUAAAGAGAUAUGGGAAAAAUGUUAGGCUUUGGACAAUAUUCGAGAUAUAGAAAAUAUUCUUCUACCAUGUUGCAGAGCAUGGCAUUCCAGCUAUAAACACCAAAGAGUCUCUUGAGCAAAGAUUAUAUAGUAAAGCCUGGGGUUUCCCCCUUAAUUACUUAAUUAAACUGAUAUGCCCUCAUAGACUAGAGCCUCUUUAUUAAUUUAAAAGGCUACAGUUACAAAAAUGUGCUAUAGUGCCAAAACGAACUCACAAGGCACUAUGGAUAUUUUAAAUUUCUAAAGGAAGCAGUGACAUUUAACGGACUCCCUCAGUGUAAUUUAAAAUAUCCCAUAGUAUCCUUGUAAAUGUGCUGUUUCUAUUAAGGCAAUGAUUCUGGAAUGGCACUGGACCAAGAAAGUUUGGGAACUUCUGGUACAAAGUGUUAUUCUAAGGCCAAAAGGAGCAUGCAUACAUAUGUGUGCACUUAGGCAUGACACAACAAUGAAAUAAAAACUUAUUAAAUGAUAAAAUGGCCAUAGCUUGUGAAUGUAUGAUUUAACCAUAAUUUUAAUAAACGGGAAACAUUCUCAUUAUCAGUGUGUAAUUUUACUGUGGUGGUACAUAAGCACAUACAAAAGCGCAACACACUAGGCUAAGGAAGCUGAUAUACUAAGCCACAAUAGUUUUAUUUGCUUGAUCACAGCUUAUUGUGUGAAAAAAGUACAUGCUAUAUGAACUUGGUCAAUCUUGUAGUGUUAACUCUACAAAGCACUAACUUGUCCAACAAGUAGGAAUCUUUCUGAAGAAGAGGUGUGGGAUUGGGGACCUUGAGAAAUUUCUGGGCCUGUUCCCUUUGUGAGGGAGGCUUAUGGCCUGUUCCCUUUGUGUUCCCAGAUGAGGCUUAUGGCCAAUAAAGGGUUGCCAUUUCUCAUAUCCAUCAGCUUUUAUAUGAUACUUUGACAAACACUUCGGUAGAACAAGUUUCCCCAUCUUAAAAAAAUGGGGCGGGGUACUUUAAAAAAAAUGCAUACUUCUGUUAUACUACAUGUAUGUGUAUGUUUAAUUAUAUGGAGAAUGCUAUAUAUUUUAUAAUUGAAUUGCCUGUAAGACAUUUAACAUGUCUGCAUGAAAUGAAACACAGUAUGCACUUUUAUAUACAGAAAGCUUGGGUGGGGGAAAAUUUUGGAAAUGUGAAGUUUAUAGUAUAUUAAAAAGUAUUUGUAAUGACCCAGUAUGAAUUAACAUGGAGAAUUAAAUGUGUUCUUUACUAAUCAGUCCAGAAGUUCAGUAUUAGCGUUUAGUGAUUUAUGAUAGCCCGGGAGAUAAAAUCAUAAAGCGGUAAUUU